UGACAACAAAGGAAAAUGGCUUGCGAGGUGAAAACAUUUGGAAAUAUUUUAGAUUUUCGAAAGGUUCAGGAAUAUUUUGGACUUGGUCAUGACGACAAUUGGCUUAAUGGCAUCAACUAUGCCAUGUCACCAACUGGAGAGGCGAUUGCCCUGGCGCAGGGUGAAAAGCUGGCAUUUUUGACCACCUGCUGGGACAGUCAUGGGCAUGGAAAUACUUAUGCUCUCAGCUGGUGUGGCGAACUAGAGGAUCCCAAUCAAAUAGUCACCAGUCUGUUCUGCAUGCCCAUGCUGCGUGCCACAGACAUCGAGUGGACUUGCGUGGCAGUAGGUCUGGCCUCCGGCAUGGUAAUAUUCUACACAGAUACGGGUGUUAAGCUAUUCUCGCAAUGUUGCCAAGAGGAUUCCGUCUUGGGCAUUAAAUUGUUGUCGCCGGCGCGUCACUCAGAAGCCGAUGCCUUGCUAUACAUUGUCUACAGCAGCUGCUUGUGCUUUAUCAAUGGCCAGGACAUAUUGCCCAUACUGGCCAAUUGUCGUCAGACCAUACAGCGCAGUGCUCUGGAGCGUAGCGUUUAUCCCAGCGCUGAUGUGGUGCCGUUUCAGAAAUACAAGUUCAAGCGCCAGCGCGAAUCCAUUCUUAAUGAUGCCGUCAUUGUCACAAAUCAACGAUCGCCCACCUAUGAUCACAUUGUAAAUCAAAGCAUUGCGUUUGGCUACUUCGCCAAGGUGCAGGCAACGCCUAUGCGAAGUGCCCAGGUGCUGGCUGCCGGUGCGGAGCCUUAUUUGGGUUUCUUUGAGGCCGAGGAGGGCUACAAGACAGUAUCGCUGGGCGCGGUGGCCAAAGACGUUAUUGGCAUGGCGUACAAAAAUUUACUGGGCGGCCUCUUCCGGCGCGCGCCGGAGGCAACGGCAGACCAGCCCGAUCAGAUGCCGCUGCCCAGCAAGGAGGCGCCCAUGCGCACACGCUGCCGCCUGUACGAUGGCAAACGUGACGGGCUCACCCUGGCUUUGGCGCCUGGCGGUAAAUUGGCCGCCGUUACGGACAAUCUGGACCGCGUGAUGUUGGUGGACACACAGCAGGCGAUUAUAUUGCGCGUCUGGAAGGGCUAUCGGGAUGCACAGUGCGCCUUUAUGCCCAUUAAGGAACGUUCUGUGCGUGGCAUUAAGACGCACAAGCGCAAGGCGCUGUUUCUGGUCAUCUAUGCGCCGCGCCUAGGCUGCCUGGACAUAUGGGCGCUGCAGAAUGGGCCCAAAGUGGCCGCAUUUAAUGUGUCCAAGAGUGGCCAGCUGGUAUACAAUAAUCAUAGCCCUCUGGGCGCUCCAGGCGUGCAGAUGCGCCGCUCGCCCAAUCUGAAUCAUUGUCUAUUUCUGGAUCCCAGCGAUGCCAGCCUGAAGGAGGUGCACAUACCAUUCCACUAUGCACUCAGCGAGACCAAUUCUCAAACAUCCCGGGAUAUACACUCGCUGCGCCGCCUGCGCAAUCAACUGCGCUCGCUGACACAUUCUAGCGAUGACAGGCAGCAGCAGAUUGCCGCGAUUGCCCAGCUAGCUGGAGAGCUGGAAACGCUGGAAGUGCGUCAGCAGUGCCUCGAGAUGUUGCUAAAAAGCAAACGCCUGCAGCCGGAAUUGUUUCAGAGCAUUGUUGAUGCCCUUGGCCAGGCCAAGGCGCAUGAGAAGGAUGCCGCCACCCAAGAGUUUCUCCAACACAUCGCCAACUACAAACGUUUGACCGAUCUUUACCUGACACUGAGUCGUGCCCAGCAACAGUGCGGCGAUAGCGUUGCGCCGCCAGUUGAGCUGCUCGAGCUCUCCGACGCAGAUUUGGUGACCAUCAAUCAGCUGGUCAUUCUGCUGGAAAAUGGCGAGGAGAAACCGCCAAUGCGUGAGGUUAGCUUUCAGCUGCAGGACGCACACAAAGUGGAGGAGUUUGUGGAUUAUCUGAGCAUCUUUAACAUCGAUACGCCCAACUGUGUAACACUGCUGCCAUCGAAGUCGGAUAAAUAUGGCAGCGUUAGCUCUGAUCUAUUUGGUCAUUUCCUUGCCCAGGGCCUGUGCCUAGAGCAGUUUAAGCAGUGGGCCACCGACGCGUGCAUUCCCAGCAAGGAUCUACUAAUGCUAGUCAUCUACUUUUGGCUGGAAAAGCCCUUCAAGUAUAACAACUGUGAUGAGGUGGUCGAGGAUAUGUCUCGCAUUGCGUCCAUGGUGCGCGUCAUCUGCGAGCUGGCCGGUGAGCAUAUCAACGACUAUGCCUACAAUGCCAUCUCGCCGUGGUGGCAGCAGGUGCGGGAGCUGCUGCUGGAGAGCAAACACUUCUCUGGUCUGUUAGUGGCCAUUGUCUGCCGUAUGGUGGCCACACAGCUGUGGCGUAAUCGACGCGACGGCUCCUGCGAUGAUAGCGCCACGGAGGAGGACGAACGCUGGGAGAGCAUAUCACAUGAUGAAGCACAGUGGGGCCUGCUCAUUGGCAAGCUGGAAGAUGUGGCCGUGCUGGGCGCGAUACUGGGUCAGCCGAAGAUCUGCCGUGAACCCAUUGGUCCAGAGUUAUUGUACGAGCAGCCCGACUGCAGCUUGAAGAACAUUCUCAGCAGCGGCAAGGGCAUUGUCUCGGAGCUGACAGCCAAGUGGCUGAACAGCUCGCGACUGCAUCCGCGUUUAAUUGUGGAAAUAACUCCGCCAGGAAACGAGACGGAUGAUGAGCCUGACGUCAAGGCAAAAUCGAAGACCAAGGUAAGUCAGAAAAAAGUGGAACAGGAGAAGAAGCUGGAGGAGCUGGAGGAGCUAGCGGCAAUUGAGAAUAUGGAGCAGGCGGGCAAACCCAGCGAACCAUUGGAACCUGUGCUAGAGCGCCUGGCGCUGCUGCGUGCGCAUUUCCCCUUUAGCCUGGAGUCGGGCGUGCUGCUGAGUCUGAUGGCCUGGCAGCAUAUGGUGCACUGGAGCAAACAGCUGUCCGGGCUGGAGCACAUGCGCGCCGCAUUGCGUUGCCUACAGGAAUAUCGCACGCCAGAUCUGGCGCUAAAACAUGGCACCUGCUGCCUGCUAUGGAAUGCCACGCUCAAGUAUCCACUGCAGGCGGCGGCCAAGCUGAUGCAGAAAGUAGGUCGCCUGCCGGUGGACAAGAUGUGCCAACAGGAUCUGGACAUGUCUGCAGCCCUAGUGCCUGAAUUUCUCGAGCUGUGCCUGGAGUUCCUGGAGCAUUUCAACAGCUCGCUGGAGCACCACAAGCGGGAGCUGCAGUUCGAGCAGGCGCUCAGCGAGGGGCAGCAGCCACUGCAGUUUCUGGCGCUGCAGCAGCAUCACGCGCUGCCGGAGCUGCUGCAGCUGCACACCCAGCUCUGCAGCGUGCUACAUUUCAUAGCCCAGUUUCAGCUGCGCGUGUCACGUCCUCUGACCACACUCUUCGAUGCGCUGGCCAACAAGGCGCUACUGUCGGAUAUCAACAAGGAGCUGACCUAUACGCUGCCCGCCCCAGAUCUGGUGCUGCAGGAGCAGCGUACCCAAUUCCUCUGCAACGUGGUCGCUGCCACAAUGGACCUGAUACGCGAGGAUCUGGAGCAGCUGUACAUACUCGAUCACGUCUACUAUAUGGCCAAGAUUUGUGCGCUUGCCGACAGCUGGCGGCUGGAGAAGCUUCCCAUACUGCGCAAACAGGUGGUGGAGCUGUACGCCUUUGGCUAUGAUGCAGAAGCGCAGCUGCUGCUGAAGGACAUUAGCGAGGAUGAAGAGCUGGGUCCUCUGCUGCUGGAAAUUGCCGGCAGGCGUUUAAAUCUCUAUGCGGAGGGCAGCCAGGCGGCCUUUCUCAAGAUUGCCUCGGUGGGUCACCAGCUGCUAGCCUAUUUGGAUAAUCUGAAGGAAGCCAGCACGGAGCAUAGCAUUGCCAUAAGCGCCAGCAAGCCGGAGGAGAUUGAUGUGGUCCUUCUGGACAAGCUGAUAGCCCAUGCCUAUAAAUGCCUUAGUCGGCCCGGGUCCAAGCACCUUAUCACCGUCGCCCAGAUGUACAAUGCGGUGCGCAUGCUACAGAUAUGAAGGAAUUGAAUUCACUUUAAUUUCAUUCCCAGAGCAGGUGCAUCCAAAUAUUUAUGCCCCAAAUCGAGAACCAAAUAAAUAAACACAUUCGACUAGAUUUAAAACUCAA